UAAUCACAGUACUUAGCACCGAUACGGCUUUUAAGUACAUUGAAUGUUGUAGUGCCAUAAUUACUUACGUUUUAGUUAGUAAGCACUCGACAUGGCGUCCAUCACGUACCUGCUUACCCUUCUGUGUCUCGCCCUCGCAGUCAACUGUGAUAUAUUGAGAGUACCUCUUCAAAAAUGCGAAACUCCAAGGAGAACUAUUAAGAGGUUGGGUGCUCACAUUGAAGCGAUCAAGGCGAGAUACGUCAACAGUGGCGUGCCUGAACCACUUACAAAUUACUUGGAUGCCCAAUAUUAUGGCGAAAUAUCUCUAGGUACCCCACCUCAAAAUUUCUCGGUGGUUUUUGACACCGGUUCAUCAAACCUGUGGGUGCCUUCCUCGAAAUGUGGAAUUGUUUCUGGGGGCGCUUGCAUAUUGCAUCACAGAUAUAAUGCAGAGAAAUCGUCGAGUUAUAAGGAAAACGGUACCGAUUUCGCCAUUACUUAUGGCUCAGGAAGCUUGGAGGGGUUUUUGUCAACAGAUUCUCUUACAAUUGGAUCGGUUACAAUCCAAGAUCAGACCUUUGGUGAAGCAACAAGUGAACCGGGCAUAGCGUUCUUCGCUUCAAGAUUCGACGGAAUCCUUGGUAUGGCUUACCCUAGCAUUUCUGUAGACGGAGUUCUGCCACCAUUUUAUAACAUGAUCAACCAAGGACUCGUCGAUCAACCGGUUUUCAGCUUCUACCUCAACAGGGAUGCAAAUGGAAACGUCGGGGGCGAAUUGUUGCUAGGGGGGUCUGAUCCCGAUUAUUACGAGGGUGAUUUUACUUAUGUAGACGUGCAGCGACAGGCAUAUUGGCAGAUCAAAGUCGACGGCAUGUCCGUUGCAAGCAAUGCCUUUUGUGAAGGAGGUUGCCAAGCUAUUGUAGACACUGGCACUAGCUUGAUCACUGGACCAAAAGACGAAAUAAAAAAAUUGAACAAAGCCAUCGGGGCAUUCUCCAUUUUGGAUGUGGAAUAUAUCAUCGAUUGCAACAAGAUCCCUUCGCUGCCUAACCUGGAUAUCGUAAUAAACGGGAAGAAUUUCACUUUGACUGGGAAGGAUUACGUCCUGGAAGUUGAGGCCGAGGGUGUGUCGGAAUGCAUUUCCGGUUUUAUGGGUCUGGAUGUGCCUGAACCGGCGGGACCACUGUGGAUCUUGGGUGAUGUGUUCAUCGGUAAAUUCUACACCGAGUUUGAUGUUGGGAACAAUAGAGUUGGACUUGCUCCAGUUAAAUCCAACUAAGCAGCUUUAUUAUUUACGAUCUUUUAUAAGAUAUUCCUAAACUCUGUUGAACUUAUUAUAUGAUUUUGUUAUAAUAAACUUUCUUUACUCUCCUGGAA